AUGAAUCACUACGACACCGUAAAAAUAUGCGACGUGCGCAAAGUUGAAGUUGACCGCGUCAUUCAUUCUCCAAUCGGACUCCGAGCUGAAAGAACGCCGCCAAUGGACGACGCGAGCCUCCCGCACAGCUUCAGCGACAGCGAGACUGACUCCAGCCAUCGCGACAGUGGCUACCAAGCAGAAGACUUGUGGCCGUUCUACUCUAUCGGCCGACCAGACGACGUGCUCGUGUCACGCGACAAAACUUGCCAGGAGAUCAGCGAUCUGCUCGGUAGAGCACACGACCUCGGCCACUCUUCCUUCGGAGAAGCGGCCUCCACACUCCCGGACGUGCCGGGUCUCGCUCUGGAAGGUCUUUCACUUGAGAGCUGUCAGGAAGGUCGACACUUUGUUCGGAUGCAACUUGCUGAGGCGUUGAAAAAGAUCAAAGGAGGGCCUGAUGACGCUGAACUGAGUGGUGGGAUGCGUAUUGGGGAAGAUGACAAGACUGAUGAACAAGAGAGUGUGAUACUCGCAAUGAUGCUCUCCAAGGAGUGCACACAGGAGAACAUUGCUGCUGCAGGAAUAAACUCACUUUCGGGAGUGGACUGUGACCGAUUGCGGAUGCUGAAAGACGCGAACGCACUUCUUCCGCCGGGCAAACAGCUAGUGUUCUAUCUGGCUCGUGUAUGGUACGAGUUGGGGUCAUCGAUCAAAGGAUUGGAGGGCGAGGCGUGGUAUUCUGCUAGUGGUGAGAAAAUUAACAGUGCUGGACCUGGCGUCUCGUGGACGAGGAGAUUCAGCUUCUUGAAUCCUGGCAGUGAGACGCUGAGUCAGCUCUGGGAGAGUGGCAACAGGAAAACCAGCAGUUUGCACGAGCGGUUUGCUCUUGUUGCCUGGCCUGCUUCGGCUGACAUUGGGAACACAGUGACGCUAUUCGGAGAUUUGGCUUCUGUUCCCCUUGGUGCGGUUAUUGCCGAGUUGGGAGAUGUGCAGUUUGUUGACGCAUUCUGCCGAAAGUACGUCGUUCACCUGAAGGAGAAGGAGAAGAGUUUAUUCAUCCAAUGGCUCCCCACGCUCGUGCAACGAUUCGGCUGGGAAAGAGUCCGAUCUUCGCUACUGGCUGCUCUCGACGUAAGAGCACAGGAGACUCGAUUGAGCCAAGCACUGGAGCUGGCGGAUACCCUGAGUGACAACGCUUCUGCGCGUAGAGAUCUCACCUCGUUUGCAGUUGGGAAGGCCAGAUCAUGGUGCUUGACCCGUCCGGAGGUCUUCGUGUCUUCGACUAAGAUCGUCAAGCUUUUGAGCCAUGCGAUGGCGUGUGCAAGCCCGCCAGUAUUCUCGAUUUUGCUGGCUCUACUCCAAAACCUGGAUGGCAAGCUACUUCGUCCAGUGGUUGAUGCGUUUCUAGCAUGCAUGGAUGACUCGAGCUUACCGGAGCAUCGUGCUGCCCUGGCUUCUGUCGCGACUAAACGCCGUCAGUGGCUUGCUAAUGAGAUCGAAGACUCGAAGAAGCCUUUCGCGUGGAGCAUCCUGACCAAGGAUUUCCCCAAUGCAGCUGCAAUCGAGGAGUUUCUUCUUCAAGACACAAAUUCCGUUUACGAGAUUCGUGGCUUUUCUGGAAUCGCUGAAGCUCGAACUCAAGCUGACCUGCUUCACCAGAAAAUACAGGGAUCACUCCAAUUCGUCGCCUGUGGACGGGGACGAGAUGCGUAUGUGCAAAUAGUCAAAGCUGGCGGAGACUAUGAUACUCGCCGCAAUGAAGUUCCCAUCUACGAGGCCGAAAUGGAAGGUAUUGACAAGCUCGUGCGAGAUUUGCUGCCCCAAGAUGAAAACGUGGACACUGCCAACACCAUCCCCACCACUCGCACGAUAGGGCUGAAGAGGACGCGAGAAGAUGAGUCGGACGACUUGGUUUUCGAGUGA